AUGAAGUAUUCAAAUGUGUUAUUAUCACUUGUACUGUUCUCGUUCGUACUUUACAAUCGUAGGAGCAGUGCGCUCGAAGUUCUCAGUGAUGAUUACACAGAGUCAAAAUUAUUAAGCCUGUUACGUGAAAAACGUGAUGUUACUCACAUUGACGUGUCAACAGAAGAUUUAUUGAACAUUGGUGUUGAAGCAGCAGGAACUUUACUGGAAGAAAUACCUGGUGUUGGACCAUUUGUUAGUAUAGCUUUCAAAAUCAUAUGGGAACUGUUUGGUCCGAAAUAUGAUACGAAAGAAGAGCAACUAAAGAAAGAAGUUAUGGAUUACGUUAAGAAUUUUGUUCAGGGAUCAAUCGCUAAAGAAAAAGCUAACACUUAUUUGGGUAAACUGAAAGACGUACGUGCACAAUUAAACUUUUAUAAUGCAUCAUCAGUUGAUUGGUUCAUGGAUAAGAACAGUAGUGAUAAACGUAUAAUUGUACGUAAUAAAUUUGGAGAAGCCUAUGGGAAAGUAACAGGAAUUGUUAAUGUUGGUAGUGCUUCAGAUUAUCUCUAUGCAAUUCUUGCUUCAACAACUUUGGCACAUCAAAUCAUACAAACACUACUGAAAGAUGUUACACGUUUUGGUGAAGACUGGAAUUAUGGUUCGAAUAUCUUGGCUCAGUACGAAAAUGAUAGACUAACAUAUUCAGAAGCUUCCAUGAGUGAAGUUGCCGACGCAUUUAAUCAGUAUGAUCGAGUUGCUGGUGACGGAAACGGAGAUUUAACUUACAACGACCUGCCAACAUAUCCACAGGUGAUGGUACGAGCAUGUUUCUUACAACGAACACUCAUUUAUCUACGUACAGAAUUGUAUCCAUUUGGUGUACCAACACAGGUAGCUGAUGGUGCUCAAUUGCCGGCCAAUAAAAAAUAUUAUCAGAUCUAUGGGGAGUAUGCGACAAAACCUUAUCUUGAUAAUGUAGCAUACAAAAAUGAUAAGGCACGUCAUAGACUGGGCGAAAAUUGUAUCCUUGGGCGUAUCGCACCGUACGAGAAACUAUGUCUCUCUCGUGGUAUUGUAUGUUUCAAGCAUGUUUUCACAUCGAUCUACACUGAAUACCAAAAAAAAAUAAUCUCACAAAUAUUUACAAAAUUUUAUUCUGUUGGUAAAAGUGGGCAGUAUUUUCUUCGAAUGUACUUUACACCAUUGGGAGGACAGAGUAUCAAAGAUAUUACGUUACAACUUGCACUUGGUGCUAAGGACAUUAUAUUUCAUCCAUCGAAAGAAAUCAUUCAGCCAUUUCCAGUAAAAGAAAUUGUACCAAGUCGUUUAAGCGGACGCGGUGUAACAUACAAAUACGCAUACUACGAUCAAUCAACAGAAAUCCAUUUUUACUGUUUAACACCAGUCAACAAGACUAACAACGGAACCAGCAGUAACAGUAUCACAAUCAAUACUGGACAAUCAUUUCGAUUUGGACUUGACUAUCAACAAAACUGGAUUUUUCGUGCACUUGAACUCUAUCGAGUUGAUCAGAAUGAUACAAAUACGUGUCAGUAA